AUGAGCACCGUGGGGGCUGCAUCGCGGGCCUUUCUCUACGGCCUCAACAAGGUCGAGGUUACGGGGCUAGACAACCUGCUAGGCGUGCUCGACCGCCGCAAGAACGGACAGCGCGAGCGCGGCCUGCUGACGAACCUCCGCUGGGGCCUCGGUGCCCACGAUAUCUGCUUCAAGAACCGCUUCACUUCGGCCUUCUUCAGCUACGGCCAGGUGCUGCCCACCCACCGCUUGUGGCACUCGCCGCAAGGGGGCUUAUACCAGCCCACCAUUGCCCAGGCAAUCAAGCUUCUCUCCAGCCCCUCCUCCGUCAUCAAGCCGUCCGACAUGACCUUUUCUACCACCGGCUCCGACUCCUUCGUCUCGCCCUCUGCCUUUGCAGCCAACCACUAUGCCUGGGUCCACAUCUUCCCCGAGGCCUGCUGCCACCAGAACCCCGAGAAUACCCUGCGCUACUUCAAAUGGGGCGUAUCCCGCCUGAUUCUUGAGAGCGACCCGGCCCCAGAGUUUAUCCCAAUGUUCAUUCAUGGCACGCAGGACAUCAUGCCCGAGGAGAGAGGCUUCCCGCGUUUCCUGCCGCGCAUAGGCCAGCGGGUACGAGUCAUGAUUGGGAAACCAACCGACACCGACAGCCUCUUUGGCCACUAUCGCAGUGCUUGGAAGCGGCUUGUCGAGAAAAGCGGCGACCCCGAUCUCCUGAGACACGAUCCAGAGGCAGUGCAGCUCAGAGUCGAAGUUGCCAAGGCGGUACGCGACGAGAUUCAGAAGCUUAGGCUGAGUUUGGGAUUCGCUCCCGAGGAAGAUGAAACAGCCGCCCUUGCCGAGACGUGGUCCAAGGAGCCAAAUAAACGUAAAUUCAAGAGCCCUGUAGAUGGUAGCCUUGUCAAUAGACACUGA